ACAGGAAAUGAUAAAGUGGAGCGGAGAGAGGAUCUGGCCUCUUUUGGACAGAGGAAUGGAAGAGAUGUAAAGCUCUCAGCUGCUGUUCCAUUGCCAUGCCUACCUGCCACCAUGAUGACUAUGUAUGAAUCCUCUGAAACAGUGUCGCACCCAUCCACAGCGCCUUCUGUGUUUCCAGGUACCUGGUUACCUGCUGAGUGUGGUACUGGUAAAUAUCCUGGGCCUGCGAAGGAUUUCACCAGGAAGGCAAAGAGCUGCAGACUCUGCUUUCCAACCAUGUCCAUCGUGUUCCUUAUUUCAGUAGCCGUUGCUCUGGGAAUAAUCAACACACAGGUUCCCUCACUGGGCCUGGAGUUCACCGAUUUGGCUAAACUGGCUGACCAGCAAACCCCAGGGGUUCUCCUAUCUGGACCUCCAGCACUGGGAUCACAGGGGGCGCCACUGAGCCUGGAGCGGCUGGAAGCGAGGCUUUCGGCUCCCGGCUGCAGAGAGGCAGCCAUGGGUUUGCAGGGCCCCAUGCCGCUGGUGGUGCUGCUGCUGGUGUGCGUGGUGCUGGGGGAGUCUGGAUCGCGCGAAGAAAGCCAGGCGUCAGGUCUCAAGAACACCACAAACAGGCUCCUCUCAGUGCCGUGUGGCCGCCGGAACGACAUCCAGUCACUGAUAGUGGGCGGGGCAGAAUCCGUGCAAGGGCGCUGGCCGUGGCAAGCCAGUCUGCGCUGGAAGAAGUCCCACCGCUGUGGAGGGAGCCUCCUCAGCCACCGAUGGGUGCUCACUGCCGCACACUGCGUUAUAAAGCACCUUGAUCCAGGAAAGUGGAGAGUCCAGCUUGGGCAGCUUACUUCCAAGCCUUCUCUCUGGAACAGGAAGGCCUAUUCUGGCCGGUACAGGGUAAAGGACAUCGUUGUAAACUACAAAGACACAAGGAAGUUUCACGACCUGGCCCUGCUGAGGCUGGCCUCCUCAGUCACCUAUAACAAGGACAUCCAGCCCAUCUGUGUCCAGCCCUCCACCUUCAUGUUCCAGCACUGGCCCAGCUGCUGGGUGACUGGCUGGGGAGUCCUUGAGGAGAGCAUGAAACCGCUGCCACCACCCUACCACCUCCGAGAAGUGCAGGUCACCAUCCUAAACAACAGCAGGUGCCACGACCUGUUCAAGAUUACUUCUGUCUACCCCUUGAUCAGCAGAGACAUGUUUUGUGCUGGUACUGAGGAUGGCAGUGCCGACACCUGCAGUGGUGACUCAGGAGGACCCUUGGUCUGCAUCAUGGACGGUCUCUGGUAUCAGAUUGGAAUCGUGAGCUGGGGAAUAGGCUGUGGGCGGCCCAACCUGCCUGGCCUCUACACCAACGUGAGUCAGCACUACAGCUGGAUCCAGACCAUGAUGAUCCUCAACAGUGCAGUCAGACCUGACCUGGCGCCGCUCCCGCUGUCCCUUACUCUGCUCCAGGCUCCCUGGCUUCUGAGGCCCACCUGAGCCCAUGAAGCUGCAGCCUUGGGGCCCAAGCGCCACUGCACUCUUCCCAACCCCAAGGCAUUCAGUAUUGGGGAGGGACAUCCUGUUUGACCAGGCUCUUGUCUCCUUUGCCAAUAAACUCUUGUGCGUAUCUGA